UAUAGACCCUGCUGCCAGGGCUUAGCGGAGACUUUUAACACUGGGCCCUGGUGUCACCUGACUCGGGCGCGAGCCACCCCUCUCCUCUGGUGGCUCCUUUGGUCCUCUGAGUGCAGAGGUCCCGGCCACGCCACCCUCAAGCGGCCACCUCUGUCCACCUUGGGCACCAGCCUCCGAGGCCAGGCCAUGGGCAACGUGGUGGAGGGCAAGUCGGUGGAGGAGCUGAGUAGCACUGAGUGUCACCAGUGGUACAAGAAGUUCAUGACCGAGUGCCCCUCGGGCCAGCUCACCUUCUAUGAGUUCCGCCAGUUCUUCGGCCUCAAGAACCUGAGCCCCUCGGCCACGGAGUACGUGGAGCAGAUGUUCGAGACCUUUGACUUCAACAAGGAUGGCUACAUAGACUUCAUGGAGUACGUGGCGGCGCUCAGCCUGGUCCUCAAGGGCAAGGUGGAGCAGAAGCUACGCUGGUACUUCAAGCUCUACGACGUCGAUGGCAAUGGCUGCAUCGACCGGGAGGAGCUGCUCACCAUCAUCCAGGCCAUCCGCACCAUCAACCCCUGGAGCGACUCGGGCAUGAGCGCUGAGGAGUUCACGAACACCGUGUUUGCCAAGAUCGACGUCAAUGGGGACGGGGAGCUCUCGUUGGAGGAGUUCAUCGAGGGAGUCCAGAAGGACCAGAUGCUGCUGGACACGCUGACCCGCAGCCUGGACCUCACUCGCAUCGUGCGCAGGCUGCAGAACGGCGAGCAGGACGAGGCUCCGGGCGAGGGAGCAGGGGCAGCGGGCUGAGCCAGCUCCUGUGUGGGGUGGAACAGAGGCCCAGGCGGUGCCCGGUGUCACUUCUUAAUAUUACAGAGGACCCACAGGCUCACAGGCUCAGCUCGCCUCUUUGGGGCCCAUGGGGGCAGCAGCGGACCUGGAGCUGGAGUCCAGGGUGGGUGCUGUAGGAAGGAUCCUGGGGCCUCCAGGGCCUUGUUCUGCAUCCCUGCGCCACGGGACUCCCCACCCCAGCCCCUUCUAGACUUGGGCCUCUCUGGGUCUCUGGAGAGUCCUGCAGAGCUGCAGCCGAAACCUCAACCGAGGGGUAGCAGCACAUUCUCCCCUGACCUGGAGCCUACCUGUGCAGUUGGCAUUGAUUUAUCCUCCCUGAAACAAGCAUUUAUUGAACACCUGCUGUGUACAAUGCAGAUGUCAGUAGACAAAAAAGAUAGCUCUGCUGCUAUCAUUUUUGGAUACCCAAGGAACCCAGAAUUCAGUGGGAAGGAUACCCACUGAACCCAGAUUCAGUGGGAAGAGCCAUUCUGAUAGAAUAUCUGGAGGGAAGUUGUGAAGUUAGGGCUCUGUAUAAGAAGCAGCCUCACAGCAGUGACCUUUGACCUGGAAAUGGUUGAAGGUUUCUCUCCAAGCCUUGGGAGCAUUCUCCGUGAUGUGAGCAUCACAUGGGGGUGCUGUGUGGUGCAGCAGGAGAAGUUCUAGGUGCAAGAGGGAAGGAUUCCUUUGGAUUUCAGUUUUACUAAGCCAGGUGUGGUGGCACAUGCCUGUCAUCCCAGCACUUGGGAGGUUGAGGCAGGAGGACUGCCAUGAGUUCAAGGCCAGCCUAAACUACAAUAGGGAGACUCUGUCUCAAAAAAUAAAAUGGUUUUUCAGGGUUGGAGAUUUAA